AUAAACGGUACACAGACUAUAACAGACCGCCGCCGCCAACACCACCACCACUGGCACACCACCACCACUGGCACACCACACCGGCGACACCAGCACUCAGCUGCAGCAGUCGCCAGUCGGCAGUCACGCACCGCAACAGGAGCGGCGCGCACCGACGAGACAGACACGCGGCGCGUCAGUACUGCAUCCGUCGCGCGGGAUCCGGAGACGUCCGAGUGCACCAGGCGAUCGCAUUCAAUUUCUACUUACGAAGUAGCGCAUUAUUAACUCGAGGUGACCAUGACGGAUUACGCGCAGGUCACGACGGCCGACCCGUCGUGGACGUGGUGGAUGACCACGGCUGCGGCGGCCGUGCGCAUGCGGAACCUCCAAAACCAGCACAACCACCAUGGAGACGUAAGCGGUGGCAGCGAUGUGGACGACGAAUACGCCGGGCCCGGUGGGAAGCGACAGCGGAUCGGCGACGUCAAAGAUGAGUAUUGGCCGGUCACCUUAGACCGCAACGAUCGCGGCGCACUGCUCCUACGACAUCGGCAGGAGACGAACGAUACGUCUUCCGCGGGCCCACUUGACUUAUCCGUGAAAGCCACGCUGACUACGACGGCUGCGCGCAUAGUAGACAGACGGGCGGGAGUCGACGAGUACCCAGUUGCCACAACACCGGAGAAAAGGCCGGUUGCCACUGCCGCGAGCGCCAACCGCGGUAAAUCGUCCAAGAAAUCGGCGAUCGGCGGUGCGACGGCCACAACGACGGCGGUUAAAGCGGCCACGCGAAAACUGCUACCCCAGCUCAUGCUCGACCGCCGCUUUGACAGGUCGUCGCCAGUGUCCGGUACGAUAAUCGUACCGGCCCCUCUCGAAGAACCGAUGGCAGCUGGCUGCAAACGGCUGCUGUCGACCUCGUCAUCGUUGUCGUCGUCUUCGUCGUUAUCGUCACCUCCGUACCCUGCUUCGGCUGACUGUGGCGGACAGGACGGUGAACCGCGAGACGACGAAUACGACGGUGGUGACAUCGACCCCGAGUUCAACAUUGUCGUGGCCACCGACGAGGCCCGUCGGCAGAUCGAGAGCAUCCCCAAUGCUCUGGGCCCGUACAGGUGCCGGCUGUGCGGUGUCCGGUACGCCGACGCAUUCGCGCUGGCCCGUCAUCGGUGCCGGUGCAUCGUGCACGUCCGAUACACGUGUCCCGAGUGCGACAAGGUGUUUCAAUGUCCGGCCAACUUGGCGUCGCACCGUCGGUGGCACGGCACCGGGACAUCUAUGAAAACUAUCGGCGUCGGCGGUAAUCGCAACAAGAACGGCGACAACGGUGGUAAACCCGUCAAUGCCGUAAAUGUCAAUAUUGUCAGCGACAAUGCCGCGUCCAAUAUUGUCAACGUUGCCGCGUCCAAUAUUGUCAACGUUGCCGCGUCCAAUAUUGUCAACGACAUUGCAGCAUCUACCGAUGCCAACGACAGUGACGGUGGCAGCAUAACGACGGCGCCGGUGACGACAGCGUCGGGAUUCAAAAAGAACAUGUUGCAGCGAGCCGUGCAAGCAGCAGCGGCCGCCGCAGCCAACGACAACAAUAAUAACAACGACGACGGCGAUGGCGACAACAACGACAAGAACUACAAGAACGACGACGGUGACAUGGCCAAAUGACCAACUUCUAAGUCACUAUUAUAG